AUGGUUGCUGAUCAUCUCAAUCAACAUACAACUCAUGAUGUCGUUGCCAAUCAGCACAGUGAUGACGAUUACUAUCACCCCGGUAGCGACAAUGAAGUUUUACGUACAAAUAGUAACGACUUAAUGGAAGAAUACUCUGAAAAGCCAGCAGCACCUCCAAAACGUCGAUUUUAUAAGAAAAAGAAGUAUUGGAUCAUUUGUGCCAUUAUCACUGCCAUCACUAUUAUUGUGGCAGUCUGUUUGGCCAUCUUUGUGUUCUUCCCCAUGAUUGCUCAAUCUUUGAUGAAUCAAUCCAAGAUUAGCGUCAACAAUGCUCAAAUUACAUUUAAUAAGCCUGGUGCUCUCGAUAAUCAAGUGUACAGCAAGCGUGAUGGUGAUAAUAUGAAUACUACAUUCUACAUGAAUAUGGACAGUUCACUCAGUAACACAGGUCCCUUCGCGGCUGACAUCAAGUUCCACAAUCCAAUUGAUGUUCUCUACAAAGACCAAUUGCUAGGCAACAUCUAUCUCUACAACAACACGCAUAUUUCCGGCGGUUCUGGCUCUUUGAAUGCUAUCACUCCAUUUCUGAUCAGGGAUCAAGCUGCUUUCUCUGCCUUUGCCAAGGACAUGUUGGCUGUAAAUGAGUUCAAAUGGACACUAAGAGGAAAACUCGAUAUUACUGCUCUUACAAGAACGGCUACUGUGAACCUUGACAAGGAAAUCACCUUGAAUGGAAUGAACGGUUUCCCUGAUGUCAAGAUUGAAUCCUUCCAACUUCCUGGUGAUGAUCCUGCUGGCGGUAUCCUAGUAGAACUUGGUACUAUUCUCAACAGUCCUUCUCCUAUUGGUGUUCAACUGGGUACCAUUGCUCUCGCUAUUGGCUAUGAUGGUGUUGCCUUGGGUAAUGUCAAGGCCGAUAACGUCAACUUGCAAAAGGGUGAAAACAAGAUUCUUCUCAAGGGUACGCUGGUGCCUCAAAAUGACACUACCUCCCUUGAUAAAGUAGGCCACUUGUUCUCAAAUUAUGUAUCUGGUGUCAUCUCCAAUACAUCUGCUACUGGUAUUUCUGCUGCUCCUGAUGGUGUCAAUCCCAUCGGCUGGCUCUCUGAAGGUUUCCAAACUGUCAAGCUCAACGUUGCCUUGGGUGCUGCUGAACCUCUCAAGAUUAUCAAUGCUGUCAGCAUGGGUAAUCUCGACUUGAAGUUUGAUUCUGCUAAUCCCUACAACCCUAUUGCCACUGCUCCCAAUGUCAAUGCCAAUUUCCAAAUUCCAUUUGGUUUUUCAUUGAACAUUACUGAAGUAACCCAAAAUAUCUCUCUUGCCGUCAACACCUCGGGUACUCAAACUACUGAUUUUGCUGUGAUUCGCGUUCCCUUGGUGCCUGCAGUCAGUGAUCAAAAGGCUGGUACUCUCAAAUUUGGUAUUCAAAAUAGUGCUAUUGCCGGUAUCCCAGGCCAAGAAAAGGUGUUUAAUAAGUACACUUACGCUUUAACUGCCUCUGACAACUACACCUUCAUGGUCUCUGGUAAUGCCUCUACAAAGACACAGACUCCCAUCGGUCCUAUUACUUUGGGUGGUAUCACUUUUACUGUACCUACCUCUUUGCACGGUCUUCAGUUCUUGAACAGCACUCCUACUGUCAUCAACUCUCUCGAUGUCUCUGGUGGUACUUCUGAAAACCUUUUGCUUGGCAUCAAUGUCACCAUGGAGAAUCCAUCUGAUUUCAGUAUCUCUACUGGCGAUGUAAGCUUUAUCAUGGGUGCAAGUGGUACUGAUCUUGGUCUUGUCACCUUGAAGAAUCUCUCUUUGGCUCGUGGUACUAAUACUGUGUUGGCUCAAGCUACUUUCAAUCCUAAAGCCUCUGAUGUGGGCCAAAACCUCUUGAGUACUUUUGUAAUGGGUCAUGACAACGGUGUGGAGAUUUCUGGUUAUCAAAACUCUACCUCCAUCGCCUCUCUCGCUGGUCCCUUGAGCGUUGUCAGCCUCGCCUCAACUCUUCCUGGUCUCAAGACUGCUUUGAUUCAAGGUGGUGCUUUGGCUGUGCUGCCUGAUACAGUUAAGACUGGUGUUGUCGGCGUCAAGGUCUCUAUUGCCAACCCCUUCACUGCUGGUCUGUCUAUUACCAAAGUCACUGCUGCUGCUACGUUUGCUGGCAUGCCUGUGGGUAACAUUGAUCAAGAUAUCAGCAGUAAUCCAUUCGUGGUCCCUGGUAAAUCAACUGCUCAAUCUCAAGAUUUGAACAUGAACAUGAACAUCGAGCCUGCUUCCGUCGCCUUGCUGCUUCGUACACUCGCUGUUCAAGCUAAUAUGGACACCAAGUCUUUGGAUGCCUUGCUGGGUUUGGGUGGUUUCAACAUUGCUGGCCAAGAACAUGUCAAUGCUGAUGCCAGUAUGUUCACCAAUUUCAACAUCUCCAACUACGUCUUGGACGCCAUGAAGGCUCUCAAGGUCGAUUUGUCUCUUUCAUCUGGUCUGUCUAUUGGCGAGUACUCUACUGAUUUGGCCUUCUCUCAAAAUAGCGUUGCAAUUGCCACUGAUGGCACUGUUACUCAACUCAUUCCUAUUGUUGGUCAACCUAUUGUCCAGCAGAUUGUGGAUGGUGCCGUGCUUGCCUUUGAGAGUGUUAUUCUCUCUGCUCCCACCAACAAUGACUUCACUGUCCAAAUGAAGGGUAGUAUCACCAAGUCUGGUCCUAUGGAUGCCACUAUCAGUUUCCCUACGCCUCUCAAUGUCGCCUGGCAGGGCAAGAAGCUCGGUACAGUAUCUAUGCCUGAUAUCAAUGCCAAGGCUGAUGUGGGUGCUUCCUUUGAUGUCACUGGCAAAUUCUCCAUUGCCAACGCAGAUGACAUGGCUGCUUUCGCUGCCUACAUGAUUAACAACCAGGACUUUAUCUGGGAUAUUACCACACAAGAUGUCAGUGUCAGCGCUCUCGGCUUUACCUUUACAAAGAUUACCAUGGAGAAGUUCAUUACUUUGACUGGCGCUAAUGGAUUCAAGGAUGCUGUCACUAUCAACUCGUUUGAUUUGCCCUCGAAUGACCCUGCUGGUGGUAUCACUCUUACUGCUCAAACAUCCAUCAAGAAUCCUAGUCAAGUUGGCUUCAACCUUGCUGGCGUCACAUUCGAGACAUUCUAUAAGGGUGUUGACCUAGGACCUCUCGCCUCCAACGGUGCUGCUGUCUUCCCUCCUCAAGGUGUGGCUGCUAUUUCCAUGAAGGGUCGUUUGAUUCCUCAAACUUCGUCUGAAGGUCUCAAGGCUAUUACUGAAGUGUUUGACAAUUAUCUUAGUGCCAAUGAUUCUCUGGUAGAUGUCAAGGGUGUCUCUGGCUCUGGUCCCAAUGGUCAAGUUGGCUGGCUCACAGAUGCUUUCAAGACAUUGGCUAUCCAAAAUGUCGUCUUACCUGGUCCCAAGACAAAGCCAGAGUUGAUUCCCGCCGUUACCAUGAAGGACAUGCAACUUGACUUUACCAAGGAUCCUUGGGCUCCUCCCACCAGCUCCAACAACGUGCAAGCUCAACUCAAGAGUCCCUUUGGCUUCCCUCUUGGUGUCAGCCAGCUCAACAUGGCAGUUACUGCCACUUAUCAAAGCCAUAAUGUUGCUUCUCUUGCUGUUCCUAAUGAGCAGGCAUCCACUAGCUCUACUGGUGUUGUCACCACACAGUUCAAGGAUGUUCCUUUUAAGGUUAUUGACAAGACCAUCUUUACUGGCUUUGUUCAACUGUUGACUAUGAGUCCCAGCGUGACAUUUGGUUUGGAAGGCACCACCAAUGCUAUUGCUGAAACUGCCGUUGGCUCUCUCAGUUUGAAUAACAUUGGCUUCAACGUAGAUACUACAUUAGCUGGUCUUGCUGACUUUGGUGGCAAGGUUGUCAUCAACAGCGUCAAUGUCGUUGGUGGUACAUCUCAAUUCAUUCUCAUCGACAUUACCUUCACCAUGACCAAUCCCUCUAAUAUCACUAUUACUGUGGGUGACAUCAACUUUGAUGUUGUCAUGAAUGAGUUCAAUGCUGUUAUUGGUCGUGUCUACGUCAAGGAUGCUGUCAUUCCUCCUGGUGGCAAGACUUAUUCUGCAGAAAUGCACUUGGGUGAAAAGAGCACCAACGCCAAGGCCGUCUCUCAAAUGUUGGGCGAUUACUUGACCUCUGCCAAGAUCCCCUUGACCAUUCAAGGCUCUACUGAAUCCACAAAGAUUGCUCCUUUGGUUCCUGCUUUGAACUCUGUCAAACUUGCUACUGAAAUGACGGGCAUUGCUGGUAAUUUGAUCAGUCAGAUUGCUGUCAAGGGUAGCAUCAUUGGUCUUAUGAUCCUCAACAAGGGCUCUGCUCAAAUUACGCUCAAGAAUCCUUUGAACUCACCCUUCUCUAUCAAGUCUGUGCACGCUGCUGUUGUCUUCAAGCCCUCCUCUGGUGCUGCUCCCUUCACUGUAGGUACCAUUGACUAUGAUCUCUCUAGUCCCGCUACUGUACCUGCUCAGGGUCAAUUAACUACCGAUGACUGGCCUGUCAAAAUUGUUGGUUCUGGUAUUGAACAUCUUGGUCAAAUGCUUGGUUUGUUGCUUGAUCCCGCAAAGUACUUUGACGUGCAACAAAAUGUCACUGUGUCUGUUGGCAGUGGUGAUGGCUAUAAUACUGAAAUGUUCUACUACCAAGACAGGGUUCCCUUCACUAUCUCCAUUGACGGCCUUCCCCCAAUUGGUAUCACUGCUAGCUCUCUGUCCAAGAUGUCUCUUCCCUCCAACAUUACCUCUGAAACUGAUCCCAAUAAAUUGGAACAAAUGAUCAAAGAUAUUUUGGCUGGAAAGACACCUACCAGCAGCGUUAUUGCUUCUACUGCCAACGCUACAUCCACUGCUACUGCUUCCUCCUCUGCAGCCAAGACAUCUGAUACUGCCACUGAGGUGACAGUGACAACAACCAAGGCUACUGAUGAUAGCAAGCCCACCGAUAGCACAACUGAAGCCAAGGCUACCCCCACUGAAGACUCUAAAAAGUCUGACACUGCUACUACCGAAGCUGCUGAAACCACAACAAAAAAACCUCUGUUCUCGCUUCCUUUCUAG